AUGACCUCCGCGCCUGUAACCUGUGACGUGCAGCAGCGUCUGCUUAAGCUCUCUGUCUGCGUCAUUGCCGAUGCCAUGGCUAGGCUGAAAAUCCAGGGCCACCUCGUUGAUGUAAGUCUCGUGCGCGGCUUCGACUCUCCCUUAAAGGUGGAUAUCUGUGGACCUGCAUUUACAGUGCAAGUCGUUCCUGCCACGGGCCCCGCAGUAAAGAAGUUACCGUUCCAUUACGUGGACAGAGCCGAGCGAGGACAGGUGAUCGUUAUCAGUUCUCCCAACGGUAGUACAUCCGGUGUCUUCGGCGGACUAUUGGCCACCGCCUCCAAAUAUCGCGGCAUUGCUGGUGUCGUAACGGACGGACGAGUGCGCGACGUACAAGAGAUCAGCUCGAUGGGCUUCCCAGCCUUCUCUCGUGGUACGUCAGUGCACGGAAAGCAAGGCACAACGACGGUUGUGGACGUGAAUUGUCCCGUGGUGGUAGGUGGAUGCGUUGUCCGCAGCAACGACAUCAUCAGAGGCGACGUCAACGGCGUGAUCGUCGUUCCUGUUGAGCACGCAGCUGAAGUUGCAGCCAAGGCGGAGAUCAUCGAAGAACAAGACAACAAGGUUGCAGAUGCCGUCAAGCAAGGCGUGGGGCUGCAGCAGUCCUUUAAGCGCUUCCGCUCAAAGCUGUAG